CAGAUGCUGUGCUGGUAACCCGGAGGUGGCAUGCGGCAUGCUUGUUCAAAAGGUGGCAGUCAGCCGUACGCGAUGGGUCUGUUGCUGCCUUAAUUACGCCCGUGGAGGUUCUCAAAUAUUAUUAUCAUCAAAGAAGUCAAGAUUGGGGCAUCGCUGGGGUCUUAUAUCGACGAACUACGCCGUCGCACACCGACGAAUCGAACCUGGUCUACUACUGCGCCGCACAGCCCCUUUCAUACAACAGAGAGCAUGGUCCGUAUGAGGAUCGCGAGGCUUGCUGUGGCGGUCGCUGCUUGUCAGCUUCUGUCGACGACUUCAGCACAGAUAACAACAUCAUUCACAUCGGCAACAAUAUCAACAUCGCUCGCAUCGCGAAUUGAAAUUCUGUCAUUAUCGGCAGUGAUAGCAACCCCCAUAAGCAGUGAAAGCUCCUCAACAAGAUCAGGAUCAUCGGCGACACCAAGCACAUCUAGUGAACCUCAAGUCCACACUAUCAAAGCUGGUUCUGGUGGCUUCAAGUUUACGCCACAAGAGCUGACCAACGUAUCUGUCGGCGACAUAGUGACAUUCGAGUUCUAUCCUCCAGAUCAUUCCGUUGUCCAGGCAGAGUUUGGUAGUGCUUGUGUGCCAUACAGCUAUGUCGACAAAGACCAUGCCGGCAAAGGCUUCUGGACAGAGACCCAAUGGGUCAACACGACUGCAGAUAUCACUUACCACAGCAUAACCAUCAACGACACGCAACCCAUCUUCUUCUACUGUGCAGCACCCAACUCUUGCAAGGGUGAACUCAUGGUCGGUGCCAUCAACCCCAACACAACACAGACCCUCGCCUCCCAGAUACAAGCCGCAAAGAACGCAGACUUCCAACUUGCAGUCGGCGACCCCGUACCCAACGAAGCAACAUCCACCAUCCUCAACGGCCCAACCUCGACUCCCACCUCUUCAUCCACAGGCGGUGGUACGCAUCUGUCGGGCGGCGCAAUCGCCGGCAUCGUCGUCGGCGCCGUCGCCUUCCUGGUCAUCUGCGCCGCGCUAUUCUUCUACGUGGGGCGCUCCAAGAGCCUUAAAGAAGUGCUCAAACACCAGGGCGCGAAUGCCGGUAAUCCUAAUAGAGCCUCGACGCCGGGCCCGGACAUGGGAUACAUGCCGCACGACCAGAACGUGCCGCGAUACGGCAGCCCCGCGCCACCGUACGGACAACACAAUGUCGGCGAACAGUAUCCGAGUGGGUGGCAGGGCAGCCCGCAGAUGCAUCAGGGCCACUUGAGUAUGCAGAGCCAGAUGAGUGGGAUGAGUCAGGAGCAGCUGGAUUACUAUAAGCAUAACCAGGGACUUGCUCCGCCUGUUGAGCUACAUUCGCCUGAGCCGGGACAGCAGGAGUUCAGGGCGGAGUUGGCGGAUAGUGCGCAGAAGCCGCCUAGGACCUGAGAUAGACGCCUGAACGGCGAUUUCAUCGUGCUAGAUGCCAUGGCACAAGGAGUGUUGAUCAUGCCGUACCGGGUGUUUCGUCGAUGGCUCGAACGGCUAUAAAAUGCUAGGAGAACCAAGUUGUCUUGGGAAAGCAUUUGAUGCUAGCAUGCAGAGGGCGGUGUCCUGUUCGAGUACAUAUGGGUACUGGGUGCAUGCGUGUAUGAUUUUACUUUUCCCUCCGCUUCGGCGACCCUUUUGAUACCACGCCUCUACCGGAGACCAGGGCAAUGAUCGUUCGUUAGUGCAUAAUUAUAAAGGUCAUCUUCAGAUCCAC